AUGUCAGCUCGAGAAUAUAACUAUGCAGAGGGGUUUGGUGGAUAUAGCUCGUUAGAUGAGGACGAUUCAGAUAGAGAUUCUGAACGUAGGAACCACGACCCAAGGCAUCGGCCGGUAGUCGCGAACCUAACCAGUGAAUCAAGACAUGCUGCUUUGAAUAGAUACAUGGUCCCAGGCCGUAACAUCAAUCCUCUAUUCAGACCCGCAGGUCCUGCUCAACCUUCCGUGGCGCCUACAUCAGUGCCAGCAUCUGCAGUCGAAUCUACAAGCAGAUCAGACUCUGAAAGAAUAAAGGAGGUACCUGAAACAAAUUUCAAUGCAUUUCUUAUAUCGCAGUUGACCAGGAUGGAAGAGCAAAAUUCGAACCUGAAGGAAGAAAUUAGUUUAAUGAAAAAGGAACAAGAACUUUUCUUUCUAGAGAAUCAGAAGAAGUUAGAAAAGGGGUUCAAAGACAUCAAUAAGUAUGUCGAAGAUGUUUCUGCGAUGAAAGAGGUCUUCAAAGAGGUGGUUGGAAUUAUGACCGGGGAAAGAAUAAGGUUUAUAGAUCACACCGGAGAAAAUGUCACUCCUCAGGAAGCUGCUCGCAUCGGUAAUCCAUCAACGAGUACGCAGACUUGUCAGAGUAAGUCGAGACUAACAAAUUGGCAAGAAUACAGCAUGCAUGCAAGCAUACUGGCCGGUGAUCCUCGUGUCAAGUCUGAGCCAGGUCUAUCUGACUUUGAAAACGGACAUUAUGAGGAUGCCCAAAGCGAUGGUAGCGUUAAUGGCGAAGGUGUUGCUCUGAAUAAUCCCAACACCAUUCGCAAUGUUGAUGAUGGCAAUAACCAACACGAUCAUAGAACCGGAAACGAAAAUGGAAGCAGAAACAGGAGCGCGAACGUCGGAACAUCUUAUAGGCUGAAUCGUGCAAUUCAAAAUGUCACAGAUGCUGCUCGUGAAUAUUUCGAAGGUUUGCCUGGGCAACCGUCAGUUCUUUCCCUAGAAAGAAGAUACGGUUCGACUUGGAGACGAUCUGCCAAAGAAAGAACUCUCUUCACUAAAAGAAUGACCAUUAUCAAAAGAAUAGUAGAUAUAAAAGAAGACCCAAGCAAAUAUGGUUUGUCACUACCAGAUAACAAAAUAAACAGAAAUCAAGCCAUUAAAGUAGUAGAGAACAUUCGAUUAGGUAACAAUACCUUCAAAGGUCAUCAUUGCCGAUUAUCGAUGUCCCAAUUAUACGAGUACUUUUCCAAAAAAAUGGAUAAACCCGAAGAUUACUCAUUAACUUUAAAAAGAAGAGGUAAGCCAAGAAGAAUUUUCUUAUUAGAAGAGAGAGAAGCUAGACUAUCACUACAACAACCAAAUGGCAUAUCAAAUUCCAGUAUAAGCACUCCAGAAGGUGGUCACGACCCUGAACUGUGA